AUGUUCUCGCGACAGGUCAUCCGCGCCGCCCGAGUCGCCGCUCCCCAGCGAGCCCUCGCCCUCCGAGCCGCCCCCGUCCGAUCCUUCGCCGCCGCUGCUUCGUCCGAUGUCAAGUCUCCGGUUUCCGUCUUCGGCGUUGAUGGCACCUAUGCUUCUGCUCUGUACACUGCCGCCGUCAAGACUUCCAGCGUCGACGCCGCUUCCGAUGCUCUCAUCAAGCUCGGCGCCAUCAUCGAGAAGGACCCCAAGCUUGUCGCCGUCCUGAGGACCCCUACCCUCGCCGAUGCCGACAAGAAGGCCAUUGUCGAUGAGCUCGUCAAGCAGAUCAACACCAAGGACGAGACCGUCAAGAACUUCCUCACCACCCUCGCCGAGAACAACCGACUUGGUCUCAUCCCCGGUGUUGUCGACAAGUUCUCCACCAUCAUCUCUGCCGCCCGUGGUGAGGUCGAGCUCACUAUUACCAGCGCUCAGGUACGUUUUAUGGAGGGACAUCCUCUCGACAAGCGAACACUCAACCGACUUGAGACUGCUGUCUCCAAGUCCUCUUACGUCGGCCAGGGUAAGAAGCUCAAGGUCACCAACGAGGUCAACCCUGAUAUUGUUGGUGGACUCGUCGUCGAGGUCGGUGACCGAACCAUCGACCUCAGCGUCUCUUCCCGCAUCGCCAAGAUGAACAAGCUCCUCACGGACACUCUGUAA